GGCCUAACUUUUCAAGUUAUCUUACCACUUGUCUGCUAUGUUCCUGUUACAUUUAUGUAUUGUUGGAAUAAGUAUUCCGGCGACCAAAUCCUUAUAUCACAAUACACUCUGGCAUUUAUGGGUACACUUCCGUGUAUUUUCGAUCCGCUACUUCAAAUGUAUUUUAUACUGCCUUACCGAAAGACGGUUCAGAAAUUUAUUGCACGUUCUCCAUUUAAACCAAAUAACGCCCACGCUGUCAGCUCGAUUCCUCGACGUUCUUUUUUGACCCCCUGA